AUGGCGGAGGACCCGGCCGCGGCGUCGCUGGCGACGCGGGCGCGGGCGCGGCAGCUGGUGAUGGCGGGGGACAUGGCGGCCGCGGUCGCGCUGCUGCAGGGGUCGUACCCGCGUGUUCUCAAGGGGGGCCCCUCCAGCGAGGAGGUGCAGUUUUACCUCAGCUGCCAGCAGUACAUAGAGCUUGUCAGGCAGCGCCGCGUGGACGAGGCGGUGCAGUUUGCGCAGGCGGUGCUGGCCGCGCUGCUGCACGGCGCGCCGCAGUGGGAGGGCACGCUGCGGGACGUGGUGGCGCUCAUCGCCUACGAGGCCCCAGAGGCGUCCCCCCUGGCGCACCUCCUGUCCACCGCGCAGCGCGAGAGGGUAGCAGACGUAGUCAACGCCGCCGUGCUGGGCGCCGCUGCAGCUGCUGCCGCUGCUGCUGGCGGCGCAGAGGGUGGCGGGGGCGCGGGCGGGGCCGCCGCCAUGCAGACGGAGGCGUCCGCGGCGGCCGCGGCGGCGGUGGCGGCGGAGCAGCAGCAGCAGCAACCCGCCAAGAGCUCCCUGGAGCGGCUGCUGGCGCAGCUGGUGGCAGUCCAGGGGGCGCUGCACGAGGAGAGCGGCGGCAGGGGCGAGCCAUUCGACCUGCGGAAACACCUGGGCCCUCCGCCCGGCAGCAGCGGUAGCGGCGGCGGCGGCGGUUCGCCGGGCAGGGAGCUGCGGCGCUGA